UAUGCAACACUAGUACCUACCUUGUUAUUACUUAUUAGACAGCUGAUUAUUGAUAUGUUAUUGUAAGCAUUUAAUAUAAUGAACUUCAUUCGUAGGUCCUUAGCGUAUCCCACAAAAUAUAUAAAUAUACAAAAACGUUUACUUAAGUAUGUACAAGGUCAAGAGCCUGAACCAAAAAUUCGUGAAUAUUUUUAUUUUAUUGAUCAUCAAGGCAUGUUAUUUUUAGAUGAUUCAAGAAUGAAAAACUUUACAUCAUGUUUUAAGGAAAAGAAGUUUUUAGAAUUCUUCUUUAAGCGUGUUCGAUUAAAUAAAACUGGAAAAUAUCAAGAUGAAUUUCCUUUUAUAUCUUUAUGCGGAAGAGAGAGGAAUUAUAUAAGAUGUGACGAUCUACCAAUUGUUUAUACACAUAUCAUAACUAAAGGAAACCCUGAAACAGAUUUUUUGACAUUUGGCUAUGCUGGUGAAUCGUUAAUGUCUCAAUUUCAACCUGAAAAAGUUUACAUGUUACCUGAAACUGGUAGAGUCUACCAUCCUGCUGAUGAUAAAUAUGGAGGUAUUGGGCUUGUUAGAUCUAAACUUUCUAUUGAAAUAAGUAAGUAUUUCACGUUUGAUAAUGGAGAAAAUGCACCCCCAACACAUUUUAAUUGGAAGGACAGAAAUUAUCAAUUGGAUCAAUCAUGGUUUGCAGAAACAGUUCAUAAACAUAAUAUUAAAAUAAGAACUGUCCCUGAUUAGUUCUUAUUCUUAGUGUAAUAUUUUAGAAGUAUAA